AGGCAGAGGCAGGGCCGCCGCGCGGUGCCGGCGACACAGUGGGACGUGCAGCGUCUGCAGCCACAGGGAGUGAAGCAGCGGUUGGCAGCGUUCAGGAAGAAAGCAUUUGCUCCGGCCACCCUGGCGCAGCGCUCUUCGGUGUGGCGGCAGUUCAGCCUGUUCUGCGAGGCCGGCGGGCGGAAGGCGUCGCCGACGGCGAAGCGGGUGGCUGAGUACGUGAUGCUGAUGGUUGAGUAUGAUCACAGGAUGCCCACGAUCACGGCGGCGGUGUCGCACCUGGAGCACUGCGCGCUGGAACGGGGCCUGCCGGCUCUCAAGGCGGAUCCGCUGGUUAGGGAGGUGCUCAAGGCGGCGGCGCGCGAGGCGCCGGGCGAUGUGCAGCAGGCGCUGCCGCUGCCGGUGGAGCUGCUGCGCAAGAUGCUGCGCCGCCUGCGGCGGGAGCCGGGCGA